UCCACACCAUUUCAGAUAUGAAGGCAUUGCUUCCCAGGAGGUUUAUCUUAUUCUUCCUGCUGUUUUGGACUCUGUGGGUCUUCUACCGGUGGCUAGCAACCCAGGCAAACAAGAGGCAAUCUUGUUCCCUAAGGAUGGAUUCUAACAUCAGCAUCCUACUGUGGCACUGGCCCUUUGGGCACCAGUUUGAACUGGAUGGGGAUGUGUGCUGGGAGAGGUACGGCAUUCCCCGCUGCCACCUCCACAAUCAACGAUCUCAGUUCUACUAUGCCGACGUUGUUGUUUUCCAUCACAACGAGCUGAAGAAUGGUACCCAGAAACUGCCGUUGGAUCUCUGCCGACCUCCAGAGCAAAAGUGGCUAUGGCUUUCACUGGAAUCACCAGCCUCCAAUGGUAUCCUGUAUGCCUACAAUGGCCUGUUCAACUGGACUAUGAGUUACCGUCGAGAUGCUGACAUCUUCAUGCCCUACGGAGAACUCGUUCCAAAGAAAACCACCAAGGAGUACAUAAUCCCUAAAAACAAGUCAUUCUUAGCUUGCUGGGUGGUGAGCAACUACGUCACCCAGCACAGACGAAGCAAGGUAUACGAGAGUCUGAAGAAGCUGAUCAAAGUGCAGGUGUAUGGGAAUUGGGCAAAGAGACCGCUGACGGUUAAGGAACUUCUCCCCACUAUUUCUCGCUGUUACUUCUACCUGGCCUUCGAGAACUCCGAGUUUAAGGACUACAUCACAGAAAAGCUGUGGCGCAAUUCAUUUCAAGCGGGUGCCGUACCGGUGGUUCUUGGCCCCCCGCGGAAAAACUACGAGCUCUUGGUGCCACCAAAUUCAUUCAUCCACGUAGAUGACUUUGAAUCUUUAGACAGCCUGGUCGAUUUCCUCAAGCAGCUAGCUUCAAACGAGACACAAUACAGAUCUUACUUCAAGUGGCAGGAGCACUACGAGGUGAAAGUUUAUGCAGACUGGCGGGAGCGAUUGUGCAAGAUCUGCACCCUCUACCAGAAACCCCUUAACAAGAAGGUCUACCACAAUCUGCAUGCCUGGGCAAAUAGGUAG